UUUUUUUUUUGUCUGGUGAGCGGGAUAGUUCAUGUUGCUCCUGCAGAGAAUUGUCAGGUGUCCACUUGACUGUGUGUUGCAGCAGUAUUAUGAGAACACCGUUCAGAGUGUGGGAGCACCGUGUGAACUGAGUUUCAUUGAGUCAUCUAUAUGGGCCAUCUUCUUUCGAAAAAUGAUUACCGCCUGAAGAAGAGGACGUGCAAGCUGCAUCACAGGAAGAAGAAGAAAAGGAAUUGUUUCCUUCAGGGGCCGUGCAUGCUGUGCUUCAUUGUUCAGAGCAACAGCAGCAGUCUUGACGACGACAACGAGCAUUUGGAGACCACUGUCAACGGUAGUGGGUGUUGUAACAACAGUGUCACCGCAAUCACUGUCCCUGGUGUGGGUGGUGUUGGCAUUGGACCAGCAGCUGCUUCAAAGCUUGCAGAAAGAUACGCAGCACUUGCAACUCCUGAGGACUGCUCGAAGUUCCUGUUGGCACCAAGGGAACUAGGUAUUUGGGAAGGCCAGGGAAGGAGCCUGUUGUCAGCUGUUCCUGCCAAAUUGAUUCCACCACCUGCACUGUUUCGAACUGCUGGGUUGUCUGUGACGGUGCCCAUUCCUGUGCCUGGUUGCACCAGUGAUUACAGUGAAAUGGUGUGUAAGAGGAAAUGUUCUGAGGUGCAGAGGUGCACCCCCUGUAAGCAGCCCCGCUGUGCCUUUGCUGCCUCUGAAGGAGGGCUGGAAAGUGGAUCAGGUGGAAAAGGUCAAGGAGAGGCAUCCUCGAACUCUGAAAGUGGCCACUGCCACCUUCCUCUCUGUCCAAUUCCAUCAUCCUCUUCUUCCUCCUCCUCUCCCUCCCCACCUACGGAUGGCUGCUGUGGAUUGGGUCUCCAUGGUGAUUUGCCCCACAGCUCAGACUCAUCUCCCUGCUGCCUGCAUCACUAUGACGAUUGUCAGGGAAGAGGUUCCGAUGCUGCUGAUUAUUUAAGUAUCAACCACUUGCCUUCGUCCAUUCUUCUUAAGGUGCUUUCCCACUUGACCGUGAAGGAGCGCUGUCUCUGUGCUUCACUGGUUUGUAAAUACUGGAGGGACCUCUGCUUAGACUUCCAGUUCUGGAAGCAAAUUGACCUCAGUGGCUUACAGCAAGUGAAUGAUGAUCUUCUGGUGAAAAUAGCAUCUCGAAGGCAGAAUGUGACAGAGAUAAAUAUUUCAGACUGCAGAGGGGUUCAUGACCAUGGCGUCAGUUCUCUAGCUUUCCAUUGUCGUGGUCUGCAGAAGUACACAGCAUACCGCUGUAAGCAGCUUGGGGACCAGUCUCUGUCGGCAUUAGCUACACACUGCCCUCUGCUGGUAAAGGUGCAUGUGGGCAACCAGGACAAACUAACUGACGACGCACUAAAAAAGCUUGGAGAGCACUGCAGUGAGCUGAAGGACAUCCACCUGGGUCAGUGCUACAGCAUCACUGAUGAGGGCAUGGUGGCCCUGGCUCGAGGAUGCACAAAACUGCAGAGACUCUACUUGCAAGAGAACAAACUGGUUAGUGACAGAUCAGUGCAGGCAGUUGCAGAGCAUUGCCCAGAGUUGCAGUUUGUUGGCUUCAUGGGAUGCCCUGUGACCUCCCAAGGAGUCAUUCAUCUUACUGGGCUGCGUAACCUGACUGUCCUGGACCUGCGACACAUCUCGGAGCUGAAUAAUGAGACUGUGAUGGAGGUGGUGAGAAAAUGCCACAACCUAAGCUCCCUCAACCUCUGUCUCAACUGGAGCAUCAAUGACAGGUGUGUGGAGAUCAUUGCCAAAGAGGGGAGAAGCCUGAAGGAGCUCUAUCUUGUGUCUUGUAAAAUCACAGGACUAUGCUUUGAUAGCCAUAGGCCAAUAUAGUAGUACAAUUGAGACUGUGGAUGCCGGUUGGUGCAAAGACAUCACAGACCAGGGAGCAACACAGAUCGCAGAGAGCAGCAAGUCCCUCCGCUACCUGGGCCUCAUGAGAUGUGACAAGGUGAAUGAGGAGACUGUGGAGAGGCUGGUGGUACAGUAUCCUCACAUUGUGUUCAGCACGGUGAUGCAGGACUGCAAGAGAACCCUGGAGAGAGCUUAUCAAAUGGGCUGGAGCCCCAACACUUCGAACACUUCGUAGCUACUGCUGGAUCACGUACAGACACAAAGAUGCCAUUUUUGUGUACAGACACACAUUUACAGUUCUGACAUUUUCCUUCUCAUUCAGACAUGCAUGCGAACAUGUAUAAUAGCUUAAUAAACACGCAAAAGUUCAUAAACAGUUUAUUUUGAAGUAAUUUUUUUUCAUUUCACUAAUAUCUAUUAAAUUGUCUAUAUAAUGUACCUUUUUGGACCAGAGCCUCAAGUGACUAGGCAGUUUGUUGUUGGUGCAAUUCAGUGAGCUCAUAAGUGUUGUUAGUUACUAUUAGUUUGUGUUAUUAAGUUUGUAUUUAAGUCCUCCACAUUAUCUCGGAUGGACGUAGACUUGUGCAGGAUGGGUUCACUUGUUUGUAGAACGUGUAAAACAUAAACACAGGCGCCAUUGUUUCAAAGACAUUCAAAGAAGGUCAAAGGAGAAUUGUUUUAAAAGGAGAACAGUUUGAAUAUAGGUGGGUUUUAAUGUGUAACUCGCCACAUGAAAGCAGCAUUCCAGAGCACUGCGCCCUAAUGAGGCAACGUGUCCUUCCUUUGAAUGAAACUCAGCUGCUACAGUGAGGUUGCGCAAACCGAGCAGAAACCUGGAGAUCGGCAGGUGACAUUCAACAACAUCAACCUCAUAGAGAACUGGGGGUACAUAUUUUUGAUCAGAUUUCUUUUGCAUUUUGUUGAAUAACUUUUUUUGUGUGGGGGUGGUGUGGGUGUUAAGGGAAAGGGAAGGGUUAGUAUAGUGUAAAAGAAUUUUGUGCGUUUGUCACAAUCUUUGAAUAGACUCCACUUGAAGGACAGACCUCUUUCUUUUGAAUAACAAUCCACAUCAUCAUCAACAGAGUCAGGCCAAAAUCAGUUAAACCCCCAGCAAACGCAUAGCAGGAAAAACAUUAUUGAUGAUAUCUCAAGGCGUGCAUGUUUACAUUGAUAUUUUCACCUUGUUGCUUCAAUGUGAGACUCUGUCCACAUGCAAUAUGGUCUGAAGUUUCAAUUAACAUUUAAAUACUUUGGAAAAAGUGCUUUUCUCAACCCCAUGUAUAGAAUUGUGGCUGACUGAGCAUCACCUUGAGUGCUUGAAGUAGAAGAUGCCUUUGCCUAUGAACACUGAGUCAUGUUUUCAGAAUAAAUACAGUCACAUUAAUGAAGUAAGUCCUGUAUAGGCCUGAGGGCCAUUGGCAGGCCAAUGCAGGUCCCUUCUUCAACCAAGGCUGGUGACCAUUUACAGCUGGUUGGAUUUAGAUGAUGCAGAUGAAGUGUCUUGUCCAAGGACACAGACAGGUAGCGUGAUUGGGAAUUCAACCUAGGUCUACACAUUGGUAGACCAACUCUUUAUCCCACUGAGCUACCUGCUCUACAUUAAUAAAAGACAACAAAAAAGAACAAGUAAUGCCUUACGUGGUUGGCAGUAUUCAAUAUCCAAUUUGGAAAACAAAACCAGAAUUUACAAAAAAGAAAAAAAAUGUAUCUGCUUUUACCAGUAUAAAUAUUGUGGAAUCUACUUAUUAACAAUGAGGAUUUUGUUUUAGAGUAUAUAUGUGACAUUAUUUAAGUAGCAAUGCAGUGAGGGAUUUAUUUUCCGUAGUGGCUUAGGAUGUCAAAAUAAAGCAGCCCUGGCUGUUAACAUGCUUUAGCCAGGUCGAGAACAUCGCAGGUCAGAAUUUUUUUUUUCGGUUUUCAUUUAUUGUGUAGAAACAAUAAUGUACAGCUAUAAAUGCAAAUAGCCAGGGUAUUUUUCUAUGGUGUGAACCAGUUCUGGGUUCAGCCUCCACAAAAACUCAGUAACUCAGAUAAGAACAAUAGCACAUUGUGUUUAGGCUUUAUGUUAAUCUGUAAACUUUCUACAGUACACAGAGACUUCAGACAAUUAAAAGAAUUCGUUUUUAGCCCUGUGGAGAUUUGUAAACUUGUUCUGUUUCUGUUCUUUUGUAAUCCACAUACACACUUCCCUUCUCUGCUAGAUGUUGACACACUUGAUUCUUGAUUUGUUAAGUCAACCGUAAAUGACUGGAUUUACAUAAAGAUGAAUAAAACACUACUACUUCAAGUA